GUGCUGGCGGGCUUCCUCAGCUUUCGCAUUGCCGAGGCCUGGCUGUCCUCUUUUCAUCAGCUUCACGUGGCAGCGUUAGUGUUCAGCUGGUGCUUCCCGGACACAGAUGACGUCGCUGGCCUGAGAGUGUUUGGGACCACGUGGCUGCAGGUUGUAUCCUCGCAUUUGGGGUCCGCUACCUGCGCCGCACUGCGGAGCGCUUGGGUGGCGGGGGAAGCUCACAGUGCUGUGGCGUUUCUUCUGUGCGGUGGGUUUUCAGAGGUGACCAUGGGCGCAGCACCCUUCGUGGAGGUGUUUCUCCAGGAUGGAGAUUUCCGGCCUGCUGCCUUCCGCACACGAAGGAAGCUGGAGGGCUCCCCUGCCUUCCUUCAGCGCUUCCUAGGCCUUGGUGCAUUCCUGGAGGCUGCUGGGGCCAUGACUGCGGCGGCAUGGGCCUUCCUUGUGGUGGUCUUCUGUUUGGAGAGCCAGCAUCACAGUGAUGCCGGAGCUUAUGUUGAGAGUGGAACUGUCUUGGCUGCGCUGUCGGGCCUGAUGGCGAUGGCCUUGGCCAAGGCCUGCAUCCGAGUCAUCACGGCACCUAUGGAGGUGCUGCUCUACUGCGCUGUGCUCCGCGAGAGGUCGUGCCUCCAGGGCGCGCCGCAAAUCAAUGUGGAAGCUGUGCUCA